AUGUACUUCGAACUUUAUUGCUGUGUGCGCUUAUUAGAAUUCAGCCCUUGCGAAAAUUCACCGUUCUCCGUGUCUCAUUCUCCGACGAUGCUAGCGUAUAGACUCAGUGUAUUAGGACUAAUAGUCGUGUCGUUGUGCGUCCUUAGCAGCUACUGCACCUCGGAGACGGCCGGAUCUGACGGGGAGACGACUGCAGAUGACGUACCAGUGAAAGAAAACUCCGAGAAGGGAUCAGUAGGCGGUGGUAAAACUCAACCAGAGAAGCUGGUCGUGGCCUUUGUACCUGACUACCCGUCCAAGAUUGUCCAUCCUGGGAUGCUGGCUAAUACGACCCACUUCAUAAUGUUCUAUGCGUCGUGGUGCUCUCAUAGUGACUCAGCCCUCCCGCAUUUCAAGGACACUCUACAGCACGUGGUCGACCAGAACAUCACUGGACUCCAUCUCGGGAAGAUCGAGAUCAAUAAAAAUCCAGGUAUUGUCAAGAAUUUCAAGAUUCGAUCAACCCCAACCUUUAUCAUGUAUCAUCGCGGUGCCAGAUACGUGUACAGUGGAGAAUUGUCUUCUCGUCAUCUCGUCGGCUUCCUGCACAGAGUCAUGGCUAUAAACCUGGCAGAGGUUUCAUCGGUGCGAGAGCUGUCGGAGGUACAGAGAGACCACCCAGUGGUCUUCCUGGUGGUCUACGACGGUCAGACCGACCCGGACUGGCACCACACCUACUCCACUGUGGCACAGGAGAGGGGACUACUGGCCAAGUUCGUCUUCACCACAAAGACUGAUCUGGUGCAGGAUCUCAAUGUGACAAAGUUCCCCACACUGCUGGUGAUGAAAGAUGGAGGUGCCCAUAAGUUCUCAGGGUGUAAGUUGGUAGUACUGCUGGUGACCAUUACAGAAGAGUCAGCUAUAUUAUUAUUGGUUGUGUUGUGUGUGCAGGUUGUAAGUUGGUGGUACUGCUGGUCCACGAUGAUCUCAAUCAGCAGAGAAUCACAGAGAAGAGGCGAACUGAUUGACACUGUUAGGAGAGUGGCUGAAAGCAGAAAGGUGUUCCCUCAGUACCAGUUUGUACAGCUGACCAGUGUACCACUGGCUGAGAGGAUUCUUCAAUCACCGGUUCCUGAGGUGCCGAGUCUCUUUAUCUACGACCCACUUACCGGACAGUACUACCCCUUCCAGUCAGGAGAUGAUGGUAAGGGAGUGACAGAGGAGGGCAUAAAGGACUUCUGUAAGGCCGUGAGACGAGGGAAAUAGAGCCUCUAGGUGGUGGCAGGUCAGUUUGGACCGUUUUUGGAUCUUGGUGGACAAGACUGCACACCGUAUACCAGGCAAUGACGAUCCACCACCCCUGGCUGUCAGUGGGUGCAGGGUUCAGCCUCUGCUCCGUUGCUGUCUUCUACACCGUCACCUGUCUCAGACGACCUCUGACCCCACGGCCGAGGGCGGAGGAACGCACAGGCAUCAGCUGCUCGAAGUAAGGCAAGGAGACGGCAAAUGAAACUGGCUGCUGAGCAAGGCGCCGAGCAGCGUAAUGGCAGUGCCGUGAGAAGACGAACAAAGCACAAACAAGAAGAGAAGGAAGAGGGAGAGGAGGGGGCAUUAAAUGGAGAGUCGGAACAAGAUUCAUCACAUGACAGUAGCGAUGAUACUCAUCAUAAACACAACUCAUAACAACUAAAUUUAGAAUCGAUCUGACCAUCAAUUUUUACAACAAUAUGGUGCUUUUUACAUGACUGCUGUUGUAGACAUAAAAUUUCUGAUGACACAACAUUGACAUAAUAUUAUCUUAGUGACAUCAUCUGGUGACAAUGUUUGCAAUGUGUCUGUGAGGUACCACAAUCACCCUCCCCACCUCUCCCUCUUCCCCUAUCACUCCCUCCUCCCACGGCACCCCUCACCACCUCCCUACUCAGGUCCUCCGAGUCCACCAGGUGGCUUGGCAGUGAGAGGACGGCUCGUUUUCUACCAUUCACCUGCAGCACAAACUCCACAGUGUCAGUUGGUCUGUUCGGUAGUGACUCAUCACACUGUGGCCAUGGUUGGCUCAACACAUCUCCCUUGAUUAUAGGUAAGCCAAGCACUCGUCGGACUCCUUGAAGAUCUUCCCAGAGGUGUGCGGUGACGUGAGGAGCCAUUGGUGCCAGCAGCAGACACAGCGUCUCCAGGGCGGAGUGGUAGGCGGGGCUUCCACUCAGGCUCCGCCCAUCUCGGAGAGUGUUGCUGAGGAUCAUCAGCUCCGAGACGGCCACAUUGAAGGUGUGUCUCUCUGUGAAAGAUGCUGUCACCUCCUGAAUAGCUCUAUGAGUUGCAGAAACAAUCUUUUGCUCUCCUUCUUCACCCUCCUCCUCCUUCUCCUCCCC